AGUGCGCCAGAGGAGGAGGAGGCUGAAGACGGUCUGGCUUAACGAAGAUAGCCGUGUUUACGACACAACAGUCGUAUCAGACUGUGUGUGGGGAGGCGGCGUCCAGGUUUGCCUCCCCAUCAUGACCCGUCCCUCCUGCUCAUCUGCUGGACUCCUGCUUCUCCUGAUUGGCUGCGCGGCAGCAGGACCGGAGUCCGACCGGCGACCUCGGGCGGCGCAGUCAAGCGUCUGUCAGGAACACACCAACCUCCACAACCGGCUGGACGUGGUGGAGAAGAGGGUGGAGAACACAGUGAUGAAGUUGGAGGGGGAGCUGGCUGCUCUAAUGGAGGCCAUCGAAGCGCCGCAGUGGCGCCCUCUGCUGGACACACAUGGAAAGACAGUUGUGGACAUCCUGGAGGAUCCAGGCCAAAGGCGCCAGUCGUGAAUGGAGAAUAAACCCCACAAAGUCUUCACAUAGACAGUUCUGCGCAAAAGUUUCGAGCCUUUAUGUUUAAACGAGAGAGAAAGAAUACUGUUUUAGGUCUGCAAAAACACAAAAUCUUACCAAGAGUUUUUGUCUAGCUACUGGUGCAAAUAUCUUAGUGCACUUGAUAUCACAAAACAAAAUAUUAUUGAUUGUUUUAAUUCAACAUAAAUAAAAAAGUACUAGGUCCAGUGACAGAUUUUGUUCACUUAAAGUAGGAAAAAUGCCGUUAUAACUGAAAAAAAAUCUGCGAAUACAUUUUGAAAUCUAUUUUCAAGAUUUAUUGACCUAAAACAAACAAAUACAUCUUUCUGAAAAGAAAAUAAAUGAGCUUUGUCUGAUUUCAAGAACUCUUGCACCACAAACACAGAGAAGCAGCAUUCAGCUUUUAUGCACCUUUAAUCUAGAACUUCCAUAAAACUGCGAAACAGCUGAAACACUGAGUUCCUUUCAAUGUAAAAUCCAUUUGAGCUGCUUCUGAAUCACAACAAAUUUAAUAUUAAUCAACAUAUACGAUGUGUAUGGAUGAAUUUGAUGACAGCAUUUGGCAAAAUGUAAUGACUGUUUUACACAACUGUUGACCACAGGAUGUUUGUUUGUUCUUUGAACAUGUUCAUGAAAUGUGUUACAGAAAUAAACCUGAUUGAUCGAAGUUCAGAAACAAAAAAAAAACAAUUUAGUUUUUGCAGUGUAGAUGCAGCUGUUCAUUAAAAUGCUGGUUCAUUUC